AUGAAGCUGUUUCGUAAAAAGAAGCCCAAAGAAGGGGUACCAAGGGAAACCGAUGAGCUAUUCGUCGUCAAGCUGACGCAAAGUACAUCAACAGAAGCCUCCUCCUCUGCCGAACAAAGUGCUGUCGGAAAGGAUGUCAUGGACAAUUUGGAGGAACAAGGAUACGAUCCCGAUAAUGGUGGUCGUUUGAUGCUACUAGAGAGUAUCUCAUAUGAGACAGGAGAUCGCUAUGCCAUGAGAAAAAGCUACCCAGAGGAAGCACCCCAAGACGAACAGCGGGAUGAUUACUAUUCGUGGGAGGACGAUGAAUCCAGCAGAGAUGUCGGCAACAGUGAAUCUCGCGACUCUACAUUGUAUACAGUCGACACACAGAAGAACAGUGUAAAGAAGAAUCAAGAAGAAGACUCUACAUGGUCGUCGCCAAGGCGACCUAUCAAUCGACACGAUAGCAACUGUUCUGCAAAUAAGCUCCAAACUUCGUGGUCGCUAAAAAGUGCGGAGUCCAUUGCCGGGGAUAAUAUCUACCAUUCCGACAUCAAGGGUCCAGCUCCAUCCAAUAGCUCUAUACCUAGCUUCUUGAAUCGUGUAAAGUCGACACCGCUGGAUGAUGGUUGUCCAGCAGAUCCUCCAGGACAGUUUCUGGACAAGUAUCGACAACUCGAUAGGGCGCAGUCGAAAGAGGUCUCAGUUCUGUCAAUGAAUGGAGUCGAGGCAGCUAAGGCUGUCGGUAAAAACAGUGAAAAUAUAGCCUCCUCCGUCAGUGCUACUUCUUCGGGGAAUGGGUUCUCGUGCAACAGUAAUACCAGCACACUAUCUUCCUCCGCGAGCGAGAGUGCUCUAGACUCGAGCGGGGACAGUUCGGAGAAAACACCAUCUACUAUAUUGGAUGACGAAAGUCAAGUUUCUAAUAAUCCUUGGCGAUGGUUUUCUCGACCAGCGGCAUCCUUCCGGUCCAGGCGCAAGAAGGAAUCCAUCAAGGAGGAGUCUCCAGAGACAGAAGAAGAAUACAACAAGCAUCGCAGGGAUAUGGCAUUCCAGACUGCUCCAUCCUUCGUGACUGGUACUUUCGUUUCCUCUUCUGAUAAAUCCAACCAUAUCGAAAGUAAUCAUAGUCAAGAAGAGGGUGCUGUGGAAUGCAUGAUUGUCCCAGAACAGGUGACUUCCAGUGAAUCCAUUGAAUCGUUCGAGCCAGCGAAGAAUCUUCCACCGACACCAACCAAAAAAGAUAGGGGUGAACAUUUCAAAGCGGUGCAGGAAUAUUGGGACGCCAAAGUAUCGUCCAAUGGAUGCAAGAACGACAUUGCCCGUCUGCCAACAUUCGAUCCAGAAGUUCAAUCUAGUAUGAGUUUGGAAGAUUCAAUUCUAAAGCAAGCCAUGUCCAUGGGGUCUUUGGAUGUCAUUCCCGUUCCGCGGAAGUCGAGGAAGCCAUUAGUUCCACCCAAAACUAACGAAAAGGAGGAGAAACCAACAGAAGAAGCCAUUAAAUCCAAAAAGUCUCAAUCCAAAAAGGUUGCCAAGAAUGAGAGACCAAUCGAUAUUAACAUCAAGACGACAAGGAAAGAGAAAGCUGUUGAGGUUGCCAUCGAACAAAGACAAUCUAGGUUGUCGAAAUUGAAGAGCCACAUCGGAUCCAGCAGCAGCAGUAGUAGUAGUAGGAGUAGCAGCAGCAGGUCUAGCAGUCGCAGCCGAAAGAUGAAGAGCUUCUUCAAAAAGAAGAAAAAGACCAAGUACUUCGAAGGAGUUUUGGAGGAAAGUACGCAGUCACCAAUGUCACCCCUCGAAGAAAUGGAAAAGGAGCAAGUACCACCAACUCUUUCGCCAGUUGCAAAGCCUGAUCCGAUUCCGCUAGAGCCUGCGGCCGUUUUGAGACGAGUCCGAGCGCAAGAGCCACAACAGCCUUCUUUGAUGGUACCAGUGUUCAGAGAUGAUAGUAUCUCUCAGCAGUCGUCAUGUACUCCAUUGUUUGAUGUUCCUCGCGACGUCAUGCUUCAUCCUGAUCUCGGACAAGAUACAAUGGAAGAGGAACGAAUGGCCGACGAGUUUGUUGGAUUUGUUAGACUCAUCCCAGUGGCACUAAUGUCGUAUUUCAAAAAGAAUCCAAAUGAAGACGAAUUGAUUUUAAGCCUCCAGCCGAAGAGUAGAAAUUACAAUUCCGAGAGAAGAUCUUCCGUGUCCAUGCAGGAUUCCAGAUCCACAUGGGACGAGUCUAGAAAUGGUCUCGUGGGCCAAGAGGUGGAAUAUUUCACUACCGAAGAAUUUGAAAGUGCUACUGAAGAUUCUCAGAAAAAUUUAAACUUUAUGGAACUGACGCCAUCUGUUGUUGGUGACUCUUUGGAGGAGGAAACAAGGGGAGAUUCCGAAGAGGAGUCAGAUCGCACUGAGAAGCGUCGUGGAGGAAUCCUCAGAAAGCUUGGAAAGAAAAAAAGCGACAAGAAAACAUGUCUCUCAGGCCAUUUGAGAACAUCAAGAAAGAGACAAGAGGCAAUUGAUGCAAUGGCCGAAAAAGAGAUCAAGCAAAAUAUCGAAGAGGGCGUCGAAAUGAUUGCUGGGGUCACAAAGCAAGGCCAGAAAGCCAUUGUAAUCUCCAACACCAAGCGACACCCAAACCAAUACCUAGAACAAGCGUACCAUGCAUAA